AUGUUGUCCACGCUCCAGGAGCCCCUGCCAGUUGCUCCCGGGGCCCGGGGAGCCUUCUCUGCGUCCAAGACGCAACUUGGCCAGAGACUCGUGUGGCCACGAUCGGCGGCGGCGGCGGCGAUGUUUUGGUGGAGACCCUCCUCUGUGCGGCGGGAGAGACGGCGGCGCUCCGCGGCUCCCGCUCGCCGGUUCUCCACCCCCUCAGGUCCAGCCCGCCCCCCGCCGGCCGCCCGCCCCGGGCCGGAGCCCCUCGCGGCUGUCAAAGCGCGGCCGCCGCCGGUGACAGCGGCGGGAGGAGGGCGCGACGCGGCGGGCGAGGGGGAUCCUCGCAGCAGCAGCAGAAGCAGCAGCGGCGGCGGCCGCUCACCUGGAAAGUCACCACCGCUGAGUCGGAGCCGGAGGAGGAGGAGGUCGGAGAGGAGGAGGAAGAGGAGGGAGAGGAGGAGCGGGAGGAAACCCCCCUGGUGCCCUUGUUCUCGCUGCCGCAGCGGCGGCCGCUCCUCGCCGAGGCUGAGCGAGUCUGGUGACUCUGCGGGAGGGGUGGAGAUUCGUCUCUGGAAUUCCGGGCCAGAGACACCGACUUGUGUGGUUCUGCUCCGAGGGCAGGUAUUUCACCAACCCCUGCAUUUUUCGCGUCUCGAGUUUCAAGAUUUCGCGGAAAGGAACCAAAUGACCUAUAAUCGGUGUAUUUCGGAGGACCCUAUCCGAAGGCGACAUUGCCUUGAAGGAUGACUCUGCAAAAAUAAAGCAGUUGGUACCUUUUUUAUAGAUUUUUUUUUUCCCCCAAAGGAGAAACGUCUGAAUGAUUAGAACCCAGCAUCUCAGCAUCUUUGGGUAAAAUCAACCCUCCCCUUUCCCCUCUCUCAGCAUCCCUCUCCAGCCCCAGCCUCAGAAGCUGCCAGCUAAAUUGCCACCAGGAAAAGCACUUCAUCAGCUAACAACAGGGAGACUCAACAGUGGCAAUAGAAUGUAAAUAAAAUGUGUCUUUGAUAC